UGCACCCUUCACUUCUCCAUUUACCUGCAGGACCCCAAUAUUCUUUCACAUACCUACCUUGAUCAAAUGGCUUUGAAUGCAUAUGCUAGUAAUCAUUCAAUGGUACUACUAUAAACUUCUCUACUGAAAACCAUAUCAUCUUCUAGUCUCAGUUCCUCCUUUUGUGCGGGAUUUCGGUAAGUUGUGUUGCUUAGUUUAGCUCUUCUCUCUUCCUCCCGAGUCCCCGUCUGUCUGAAGAAGAGGUGAUUGCAUGCAGCUGCUGGUCUGAAUGGGUGAGGCUCAGCAGGAAGAAGCUAAAGCGGAUCCCAAGCCAGAAGUGGACCACAAGAAAGAAGAUAAGAAAGAGAAGCAAGAAGGGAUCAAGAAAGAAGAAGUGGACGAGAAGAAAGCAGCUGAGGCAAAGCCCUCCCCUCCUUCCCCCAUGGUGUUGUCUCUAGACUUGCAUUGCGUUGGAUGUGCAAGGAAGAUUGAGAAGCUCAUACUUAAAUGCAGAGGUGUUGAAGGGGUUGAGAUGGACAUGGUGCAAAACCAGGUGACAGUCAGAGGCGUAGUGGACCCUCAAGUGGUGUGCUCCAGAAUCCAGAAGAGAACUCUCAGAAGAGCCAAGGUUCUCGCUCCACUUCCCCCAGCUGAAGGGGACUACAAACCAGAUGCUGUUCCGCCGCAGGUGAGUGAGAUGACAACAGUCGAGCUGCUUGUGAACAUGCACUGCGAGGCCUGUGCACAGCAGCUUAGGAGAAAGAUACUAAAGAUGAGAGGGGUGCAAACCGUAGAAACCGAUUUCGGCGCCGGAAAGAUCACAGUGACCGGGACGAUGAAAGCAGAAACGCUGGUGGAACACAUUCACCGACGCACUUUAAAGUUCGCAAGCAUCGUCUCUCAGCCACCCAAAGAGGAAGAGAAGAAGCAAGAGGACCAGAAGAAGGCCGAGGAGAAGCCAGCCGAAGAGAAGAAAGAAGAGAGCAGGGAGAAGAAGGAAGAACAGAAAGCAACCUCAGAAGAAGAGAAGACCGAGGGCAACAAGGAAGGUGGUGAUAUUGGUGGUGGCAAGGAAGAGAAGGGAGGUGGUGAGGAGGCAAACAAGGAAGAAGACGGAGGAAGCAAAAGCAUAAUUAGCGAAGAAGACAUGAUGAAGAGGAUGAUGAUGUACUGGAACGGUGGCAUUAUCGGUGGGGAAGACAUGGCCAAGAGAACGGUGCACUGGGUGCCGGUCUACGUGAUCCAACAGCCACUUCCACCACCUCAAAUCUUUAGCGAUGAGAACCCUAAUGCCUGUUGCAUACUCUGAGCUGCUCUCCAUGAACCAUCAUCAUCCAUUACUGAUGUAGAGUGUAUCCCACGAAUGCUGGUUCGCUUAGAGCAGGCUGUACAAAAGAACCGUAUUCUGUAAAGAUGCAUGCUCUUAUGAAUGCUAAUUAAUGUGCUAUUUGCAACUGCUGAA